UGUGGGGCAGCCCAACUUCCUAGCAGGAUCCUGAGGUCCUGCUGCCCACGGGGACUGCUGGAAGAACGGAACCCUUCUCCCUGUGGCACCUUCUCCUGGGGCUGAGAUCGUUGUCCCCCAAGGAGUCUUACUUCCCCACGACCCCUCCUGACCCCUAGCUGUGGAAAACCUCAGGUCCCUGUGGGGAAGUGUCGGGGACUCCCGCGUGGCAGUGCUGUCUUGGGGCUGUGGAUGACAGCUUGGCUCAGGGACUUUUCCCCAGGCUCCCAGGAUCAUGGGGUAGCCUGCUGAGAACCAUGGACACUGGCCUGGGCUUCCAGGCUGCCCAGUCCCGGUGCCUGGAGCUGACCCCUAAGGGAAGUUGGGACUGAGGCUGGCCUUGCCACCACUGUGGGGCAUCCUUUGUUUUUUUGCUGGGCCAUGUGGCCAUGGCUUUGGAGUGACCUCCCUGGCAGCUCCCCAGCGGCCCUGCAGGGCCCUCCGCUAAAGGCAGGCACUUGCUGGAGGAAGCCGGGUGCCAACCAACGUGCCGGCGGCCCCGAGGCCCAGGAGGAGGGUCUAGGGACGAACCCCAGUGCCCUCUCCUGGACCGCUCGGUCUGGUCUGGACGUGGCCCCAGGGUCCAGGGGCGCUUGGCAGGCUGAACCAGGGCCGGGCCGGGCCCGAUGGGGACGAGAGCCCGCCCUGCGGCCCCCGGGGAGGGGUCCGGCCGGCAACGCGGCGCGGGGCGGGGCCCGCGGGCGGGCGGCGCGGCCCCUCCCGGGAGGCGGGCGCGGAGGGCGGGCAGGCAGCGGAGGCCGGAGCGGCGCCGAGCGCGCGGAGGGAGGAGGCCGAGGGCGGAGCGGAGCGCACUGGCGCGGCGAGCGCGGCGGCCCGGCGGCCGAGCGACCCCGGGAGCGGCGGCGUCCUCUGCCCGCCCCGCCCCGUGCCUCCUCCCCGGCGGGUGCUUGGCGGGCUGACCUCUGCGGAGGCGGCGGGGGCCCAGCAUCGGGCCGGGGCCGGGGGGGCGCCGGGGCCGGGGGGCGGCGCUCCGGCCCGGCCCGGCCCCGCCCGAUGUCCAUGAGCGCGAACACCAUGAUCUUCAUGAUUCUGGGGGCGUCGAUCGUGAUGGCCAUCGCGUGCUUGAUGGACAUGAACGCACUGCUGGACCGAUUCCACAACUACAUCCUCCCGCACCUGCGGGGCGAGGACCGCGUCUGCCACUGCAACUGUGGCCGGUACAGGGAAAUGCAGAAGGUCAAGGUGGGCAGAGCCUGCCUCGAGGGGCAUCUGGUCCAGCCCUGUCAUUGCACAGAGGAGGAACUGAGGCAAAGCUGGGUGUGGCUUGCUCAAGGUCAUUCAGAGAGCCGUGGGAGAACCCAGGCCCCCUACAUCCACUGUGUGAACGCCCCCAUUCUGUGCACGUGUAGUGACGGAGUCUUCCUGGCCAUGCAUGUUUGUACGUCCAUGUACAAAAUAAACAUGUUCUCAUGAGACGCGCAUGUGUGUACUGUCUGUGCAUAUCCAUGUGCGUACACACAGCGCACAUGCAUUCGCAUGCCCGGCAUCUCCACGGGAAGCCCUCAUGCUGGCACCAAGAGAAAGCAGAGACGCUUGGGUGGAUAGAGACUUGCCCAAGGUCACACAGCUAGUGAGGGACUGCAGGCCGAGCCCGGAAGCUGUGUUCCUCAACCCUGUCCUGUAUUUCUGCCCCAGGGACACGUGUGCACACACUGUGGGGGGGGGGGGGUGUAAGAGAGACAGGACAGUUACGUGCCAUGGCUACCGAGCAGCGUAUGGAAGCAGAACCCAGACGUUAGGGAAGGUAGGGAGGGAGUGUAAUGGCCCUCGCAUGUGCUGUCCCAAGGACCAUCGGAAGAGUUUGCUGGGGUGGGGGUGGGGGGUGCACUCUUUCCCAGAGAUCCCUGUGUUCGUUCAUGGUGCACAGAGCCCCAGACUAAGGAAGGGCACAAGGUCAGCCCCAUGGCCACCUGGGUCAGCCACGGCUAUGAGCAGGUUAAACCGGGGUGGUCCCGAGACUCUCCCGGAGGCACAUUUUACAUGUGUGUGGGCUGUUGUGUCGUGACCAGCAUGUAUGUGCCUGUGACCUCACACCAAGGACCCAUCUGGGCAGACAGGGGGUGUUUCCAACGUGUAUUUGCCCGGGAUGCGUGGACGCGUCAUCCAUAGCAUCCAGAGUCCGUGCGGACUCAGCUAGGACGCUCGCGCGCUGGGUGCCGGCUGAAGCCAGUCCUGUGUGCGCAGCUUAGCGCGUCUGGGGACGCAGAAAACCCAGAGAGCCGCCCCUGCUGCAGACGUAGAGCUUCUGGGUGCGUGUGUCCACAUCACUUCACACAGGAUACGUGGAUUCAGUGUACAACGUAUUCUUACACACCGACAACAUACAUGUGUAUGCACAGUGCACGCAUAGCACCCAGACAGCAUACGGCGACGAGUGUGCUCCGCGUGGGCACGGCGAGCGUGUCUGCAGAGAACAGUGCUGCACAGGAAGUGCGGCUCUGUCCGUGUGUGCAUGCGCCGUGUGGGGCCCGCACACGUGUACGCGUCCGGCCUGCCAUGCGGAGAACUUCACGCAGGGGACACGUGUGUAGAUGAAGGCUCCUAGUGUGCGUGCCGGCAGGCGGGGUGUGCGUUAUGGUGGGGACGGCUGGGUGCCGGGCUGAGUGCAUGUGCAUCCGCAUGCGACACGCCGCGCUCGUGCCUGGGAAGCAUGCACACGCACACACGUGGAGCUCGGGGACCUGAGUCCAUGGUAUACACGCCACGUCUUGUGCAUGCGGCCGGCGUGUAUACACAACAUGCUUCGGACCUCAGGUAGGCACAUGCAGCAUGCGUGGCCCAGGCAAGACCCGCGUAUGUACACGUCAUGAAAGUCCGUGUGCACGUUUGAGACCAGGGGCCUGACUUGGAGAAGGAGGAGCGAGCGUGAGGGCCGCGAGGAGCUGCAGGCGCCAGGCCAGGGACGGGGGCACAGGUUGUGACCUCUGACCCCCUGGAGGUCCUGAGCCGCCGGGGGCGGUUGGGGCCC